AUGCUUGAUAUUAAAGGCUCCGCCGACUACCUCAGUCGGUCCGGCACCUUUACCAACUUCUCUAUGCUGUUUGCUGGUGAAUAUUCUAUUUGUAAUGUGUCGUGGUGUGGAUUGUGCGUGACUUGUACAGAUGCAUCUUACAAGAGCUCGUGGUCUACACAUGCAACGUCACAGGGUUCACAAGGCUAUGGCACCAACUCAUUGUCAGCGAUGUCGAAAUCGACACUGGAUGCUCACACGCAUCUCCGUCAGCCGGAUCCAUAUCAGAUGUUUGGGCCAACGAGCAGUCGUCUAGCUAAUUCAGGUUCUGGGCAAAUUCAGCUAUGGCAAUUCCUGCUCGAACUACUCAGCGAUUCAAGCAAUGCUGGCUGCAUCACUUGGGAGGGGACGAACGGCGAAUUCAAACUUACCGAUCCCGAUGAAGUCGCGAGGCGUUGGGGCGAGAGGAAGUCCAAGCCUAACAUGAACUACGACAAACUCAGUCGUGCUCUGAGAUACUACUAUGACAAGAAUAUAAUGACCAAAGUCCAUGGCAAGCGCUACGCAUACAAGUUUGAUUUCCAAGGGCUGGCUGCUGCGACCCAGCCGACCGCCAGCGACCCAGCGUACAAAUAUCAGAGUGACCUCUUCAUGAGCUCUUACCAUCACUCCGCGAAGCUGUCAUCGUUUAUGGCACCACACGCUGCAAUGCCAACAUCCACAGCGUCAAUAUUCCCGUCGGCUUCGUGGAGCAACUGGGGCGGAGGGGGGAGCAACCUUUACUCCCCCCACUCGAUGGCACCCCCCCACGUGACGUCACAUCUAGGCUCCUACCCCCACUACGCAUGACCGUCCUUCUAAGACAAGGGCAUUGCGAACGACGACAAUUUGUAAAGGCUAAAAUAAUUUUGAAAGGAUUCCCGUAAUGUUAUAAUAUUCGCUUGUGUAAAUUUGUUUAGGAUAUUAAA